CAAAGUAGUACUAGGAUAACUUGAAUUUCUGUUCCUCAUUGAUGCUCUCCUAGCAGAAGAAAGGAAAAAACAAACACUCGGAGAACUGAAGAAUGGCCACUGCCGCUGACAGCAACAACAACAACCCUGCUUUGGACCCUGAUCUGGACCCCCCGGAUAACCCGGCUUACGAGUUUGCCCAGUUCGGAGCCGGGUGUUUCUGGGGAGUAGAGCUGGCGUUUCAGCGAGUACAAGGUGUAGUCAAGACAGAGGUUGGCUACUCUCAGGGUCAUGUCCCUGAUCCAAAUUACAAGCUUGUAUGCACCGGUACCACCAACCACGUCGAGGUGGUUCGUGUGCAGUUCGACCCUCAAGUCUGCCCCUACACCGAUCUUCUCUCUGUUUUCUGGGGUCGCCAUGAUCCAACCACUCUCAAUCGCCAGGGUGAAGAUGUGGGAUCACAAUAUAGAUCGGGGAUAUACUACUACAAUGAGAACCAGGCUCGUCUUGCUAGGGAGUCACUAGAGGCUAAGCAAUUAGAGUUGACGGACAAGAAAAUUGUGACAGAAAUUCUUCCUGCAAAAAGAUUUUACAGGGCAGAGGAGUACCAUCAGCAAUACUUGGAAAAAGGAAGAGGUUUUGGCUCUAAACAAUCUGCUGAAAAAGGUUGCACUGACCCCAUCAGAUGCUAUGGUUGAAAAUGUACGUACGAUCAAAGGUUGAGUAUCUUUUAGCUUUAACUGGACAGCACUUAAGCUUCUUGUCCGUUAAUGGGCAAGCUAUUAUGCUGCCUUUUGUUAUGUUCUUAAAAUUUCCCUGGAUUCUGGAUUUAUUGGUGUCUUUAGUCUGUUUCUUGUUUGAACGUUGAAACCUUCCUGAAAUGUUUAUUUCUACCUCAGAUAGGAAAGUCAUUGUAACAGAUAAAAUUGACGCCAAAUUUGAAACAAA